GACGGGCAUUGUGUAAGGCGUCUCGCCAUAAGCUGUCAGUGGCACUGCCCGUGAAUCUCUCCGAGUCCAUUCCUGUUAUCCUUCGUCCUCCUUUCACUGUGCUAUUUGGGUUCACAAUGCACAUGGAGGUCGACAUACAUUCGCCUCCAUACAAAGGCACGCGUUCAUACUCCACAAAAAGGCCCCGCUCCCCAGACGACUCAAUAGUUUCGGAGCGUCAUUCAAAACGCCUGUCUUUAGCUAUAGGUAAUGCGCGUUUGCCACAGACCAGAACCUCCCACAAUGGGGUCAUUACCCAAACUUCUGACAGUACACUUCGGCCAUCUCCCGAGGAUUGGGUGCGGCAGACUAGAGGACUUACAAUCGAUAGUCCUCUAGCAGUCACUGAAUUUCCCUUUUCAUGCCAAUCUGUCAACCAGGAUGCCAUAGACGAUAAUAUGACUUUAGAUUAUGAUGAAGGCACGCACAUAAGGUCCCCACCAUUACCUACGCCCAAGCCCAGUCCUCCGAGAAACGUACCGUUCAUACAAAUCUCAACGACAUCCUCUACUCAAUAUCCCCCGCAGCAAUUAUAUCAAGUUUCGAGACAGUCCCACCACCAAACGCCUUCACUAGGCUCAGACCAUCAUCAUCCUCCAAUGAUAUAUCUUCAUCCUGCUACACCAUCUGAUACGCCUUCUCUUCAGAGUUCAUUACAGUUUGGUGCCGAAUCACACCUCCACACACGUCAAAUAUCCCCUAUAUCUAGUUCAAUGUCCGGUACUUCUCCCACUUCUCCCCAACCGAAUUCGCCGAUUUCCUCUGGGCGUAAGCAACGCUUUACCAUGGGCCCCCGAGCGGAUUGCAUCAAGUGUAGAACAGGGGUGAAGGGCCAUUGGAUGCAUGUUGG